CCUAGAGGAGGAGUCGUGUUCUUCCGUGGGGCAUUGCCUCUUUCCCAGGACUGGCUAUUUUUAUCCCAAAUGUGGCUGCAGAGGGGGCUGGGGCAGGGUGACCGGGCAGGCAACGUGGCUGAUGGGCCUGACCUUCAGAAAACUCAAGCUGUGUAAGACUGGAAAGGAGAAGGGGGGGCAGCUGUUCCCAGGUCUCCUCCUCCCUUUCCCUUCCUGUUACAGCCCCCCAGAGGGGAUGAGGUCUGGAGCCAAGACAGCUUUCAGUCUCCCCAGGGUCUUAGAGGUAAAACAACUUUCCCGGUUGGUGUCCAGACUCCUGAAAGCAUGUGUGUGGCUCUUUCGUUAACUCAUAGGACUCAAACCCAGAUCUUCGAGGUGACGAUGUUUCUUGCUUGCCUCCCUUCCUGAGGUCAGGGCUGGCUACAGAACUUGUGAUGCCCACCCUUGCAUCCUCUCCUUUAACCUCUGGUUCCUCACUCCACCCUCCCAUGACUCAUACUCUAGACUGGGUGGAGACCCUGGCUGGGGGCCCCGGAGGAGGGCUUGGCAUCUCCAAAAUGUGGAUGAGGCAUUUCUUCCUGAGCCAGGCACCCUUGGCUGCCAUAGUUGGGGAGGGUCAGGGAGGAAAAGGACUUCUGGCUUUCAGAAUUGUCUGAUCUGGGGUUCAGUUCAGGGAGAGAGUCUGAGCUAGUGAAGGGAGAACAUGGUGUGGGUGACUGGGCUGUGGCCAGAGUCUGUAAUUAUAGAGGUUGGGCAGACAGGCAAUUAGUAUCUUUGGGGCUGACAGGCUGUCGGGGUGUGCCUGGUAGGCUGGAAAGAGGGGAAUGAAGGAGGAGGAAGGCAUUCCACCCAGACAAAGAGAGGAGGUGACAAGAGGACCCAGAACCUGGCUGGCAAUUUCCUUUGGGCCAGGCUGAGAAAUUAAGGAUGAGGCUCUGUCACCCUGUUUUGUAGGCUAGGACUUUUACCAUUUUAGGAGAAAGAGAAAAGGACAUGGGAAGGUGGAAGGAAGCAGAGACUUGCCUGACAGAUGCUCCCUGAGCCUGCACUGGGUGCCUUACUAACUGGACAAGGGAUAGGACAGGAAAGGAGGAGGGGGUGACUCCCUGACAGGGUUGGGAAGACCCCUCUGCUGGCCCAGAGAGCAGCCAAGCCAACCCAGCUUGAGAGGAAGUGGUGUGGGGAUGGUCUAUGCAGGAAGUGAGGGCCCUGCUUCUAAUGUGACCUCCCCUGGAGGAGGUGAUAAUGGCAGUCCCAGCAAUGGGGGUGGGGCAGGGAGUUGCAAGCAUUUGGAGAAGGGUGGAGCCUGCCCACCCUGUUUUCUGAUGCCCUACCAGGUGUUUCCUGGCUCUUGUUCCCUCGACCCCACCCUCUCAGGGAAAUUUUGCUUUCUAGUAAACAGGCACCACUCGUUGCCACCAGGAGGGUUCAUGGGAGCAUCCGUUGCCCCUGGGAUGGGUGCCUUGAGAGCUGUGUCCCUCCUGUCAAUAUCUGGCCUCUUCUUUCUGUCCCCUUCCUUUUCUUGCGGGCCUUAGCUUCUGUAAACCGGUCUCCCAUGGGAUUGCUGGGACUUUGCUGGGUGAGAUGGCACUGUGUGCAAAAAAGCGCCCCCCAGAAGAAGAAAGGAGGGCGCGGGCCAAUGACCGAGAAUACAAUGAGAAGUUCCAGUAUGCGAGUAACUGCAUCAAGACCUCCAAGUAUAAUAUUCUCACCUUCCUGCCUGUCAACCUCUUUGAGCAGUUCCAGGAAGUUGCCAAUACCUACUUCCUGUUCCUUCUCAUCCUGCAGUUGAUCCCACAGAUCUCUUCCCUGUCCUGGUUCACCACUAUCGUGCCUUUGGUUCUUGUCCUCACCAUCACAGCUGUCAAAGAUGCCACUGAUGACUAUUUCCGCCAUAAGAGUGAUAAUCAGGUGAAUAACCGUCAGUCUCAGGUGCUGAUCAAUGGAACCCUCCAGCAAGAGCAGUGGAUGAAUGUCUGUGUUGGUGAUAUUAUCAAGCUAGAAAAUAACCAGUUUGUGGCGGCGGAUCUCCUCCUCCUUUCCAGCAGUGAGCCGCAUGGGCUGUGUUACAUAGAGACAGCAGAACUCGAUGGAGAGACCAACAUGAAAGUGCGUCAGGCAAUUCCAGUCACCUCGGAAUUGGGGGACAUCAGUAAGCUUGCCAAGUUUGAUGGUGAAGUGAUCUGUGAACCUCCCAACAACAAGCUGGACAAGUUCAGUGGAACCCUCUACUGGAAGGAGAACAAGUUUCCCCUGAGCAACCAGAAUAUGCUGUUGCGGGGCUGCGUGCUGCGAAACACCGAGUGGUGCUUCGGGCUGGUCAUCUUUGCAGGUCCUGACACUAAACUGAUGCAGAACAGUGGUAGGACAAAGUUCAAGAGAACAAGUAUCGAUCGCCUAAUGAAUACACUGGUGCUCUGGAUUUUUGGAUUCCUGGCCUGCAUGGGAGUGAUCCUGGCCAUUGGCAAUGCCAUCUGGGAGCAUGAGGUCGGGACACACUUCCAGGUCUACCUGCCCUGGGAUGAGGCGGUGGACAGUGCCUUCUUCUCUGGCUUCCUCUCCUUCUGGUCCUAUAUCAUCAUCCUCAACACCGUCGUGCCCAUUUCACUCUAUGUCAGUGUGGAGGUCAUCCGCUUGGGCCACAGCUACUUCAUCAACUGGGACAAGAAGAUGUUCUGCAUGAAGAAGCGGACACCUGCGGAGGCCCGUACCACCACCCUGAACGAGGAACUGGGCCAGGUGGAGUACAUCUUCUCAGACAAGACAGGCACCCUCACCCAGAACAUCAUGGUCUUCAACAAGUGCUCCAUCAAUGGCCACAGCUAUGGUGACGUCUUCGAUGUCCUGGGACAGAAAGCUGAGUUGGGAGAGAGGCCCGAGCCCAUCGACUUCUCUUUCAACCCUCUGGCUGACAAGAAGUUCUUAUUUUGGGACCCCAGCCUUUUGGAGUCUGUCAAGAUCGGGAACCCCCACACGCACGAGUUCUUCCGCCUCCUUUCCUUGUGUCACACCGUCAUGUCAGAAGAAAAGAACGAAGGCGAGUUGUACUACAAAGCCCAGUCCCCAGAUGAGGGCGCCCUGGUCACUGCAGCCAGGAACUUUGGUUUUGUAUUUCGCUCUCGUACCCCCAAAACGAUAACCGUCCACGAGAUGGGCACAGCCAUCACCUACCAGCUGCUGGCCAUCCUGGACUUCAACAACAUCCGCAAGCGCAUGUCGGUCAUAGUGCGGAAUCCAGAGGGGAAGAUCCGACUCUACUGCAAAGGGGCCGACACCAUCCUGCUUGACAGACUCCACCACUCCAACCAGGAGCUGCUCAAUACCACCACUGACCACCUGAAUGAAUAUGCUGGCGAAGGGCUGAGGACCCUGGUACUGGCCUACAAGGAUCUGGAUGAAGAAUACUACGAGGAGUGGGCUGAGAGACGGCUCCGAGCCAGCCUGGCCCAGGACAGCCGGGAAGAUAGACUGGCCAGCGUCUACGAGGAGGUCGAGAGUGACAUGAUGCUGCUGGGUGCAACGGCCAUUGAGGACAAGCUUCAGCAAGGGGUUCCAGAGACCAUUGCCCUCCUAACACUGGCCAACAUCAAGAUUUGGGUGCUAACCGGAGACAAACAAGAGACGGCCGUGAACAUUGGCUAUUCCUGCAAGAUGCUGACGGACGACAUGACGGAGGUGUUCAUAGUCACUGGCCACACUGUCCUGGAGGUGCGGGAGGAGCUCAGGAAAGCCCGGGAGAAGAUGAUGGACUCAUCUCGCACCGUUGGCAAUGGCUUCACCUACCAGGAGAAACUUUGUUCUUCCAGGCUCACGUCUGUCCUGGAAGCUGUCGCUGGGGAGUACGCCCUGGUCAUCAAUGGUCACAGCCUGGCCCAUGCAUUGGAGGCAGACAUGGAGCUGGAGUUUCUGGAGACGGCGUGUGCCUGCAAAGCUGUCAUCUGCUGCCGGGUGACCCCCUUGCAGAAGGCGCAAGUGGUAGAGCUGGUUAAGAAGUACAAGAAGGCUGUGACUCUUGCCAUUGGGGAUGGAGCCAAUGACGUCAGCAUGAUCAAAACUGCUCACAUUGGUGUGGGCAUCAGCGGGCAGGAAGGGAUCCAGGCUGUCCUGGCCUCCGAUUACUCCUUCUCCCAGUUCAAGUUCCUGCAGCGCCUCCUGCUGGUGCAUGGGCGCUGGUCCUACCUGCGCAUGUGCAAGUUCCUGUGCUAUUUCUUCUACAAGAACUUUGCUUUCACCAUGGUCCACUUCUGGUUUGGCUUCUUCUGCGGCUUCUCGGCCCAGACCGUCUAUGACCAAUAUUUCAUCACCCUGUAUAACAUUGUGUACACCUCCCUCCCAGUCCUGGCUAUGGGGGUCUUUGAUCAGGAUGUCCCAGAGCAGCGGAGCAUGGAGUACCCUAAGCUGUACGAGCCAGGUCAGCUCAACCUCCUCUUCAACAAGCGGGAGUUCUUUAUCUGCAUCGCCCAGGGCAUCUACACCUCAGUGCUCAUGUUCUUCAUCCCCUAUGGGGUGUUUGCGGAGGCCACCCGGGAUGAUGGCACCCAGCUGGCUGACUACCAGUCCUUCGCAGUUACUGUGGCUACUUCCCUGGUCAUCGUAGUGAGCAUGCAGAUUGGGCUGGAUACAGGCUACUGGACAGCCAUCAACCAUUUCUUCAUCUGGGGCAGCCUGGCUGUUUACUUUGCCAUACUUUUUGCCAUGCACAGCAAGGGGCUCUUUGACAUGUUUCCGAACCAGUUCCGGUUCGUGGGUAAUGCACAGAACACCCUGGCCCAGCCCACGGUGUGGCUGACCAUCGUACUAACCACGGUCGUGUGUAUCAUGCCUGUGGUGGCCUUUCGGUUCCUCAAGCUGAACCUGAAGCCUGAUCUCUCUGACACGGUCCGCUACACCCAGCUGGUGAGGAAGAAGCAAAAGGCCCAGCACCGCUGCAUGCGGCGGGUGGGUCGCACAGGCUCCCGACGCUCUGGCUACGCCUUCUCCCACCAGGAGGGCUUUGGGGAGCUCAUCAUGUCGGGCAAAAACAUGCGGCUCAGCUCCUUGGCGCUCUCCAGCUUUACUGCCCGCUCUAGCUCCAGCUGGAUCGAAAGCCUGCGCAGGAAGAAGAGUGACAGCGCCAGCAGCCCCAGCGGCGGGGCCGACAAGCCCCUCAAGGGGUGAAGGCUGGUCAGAGCACACGGGGCCGGCUGGGCGCCGAGGGAACCAUGUCUCGGAACUGCUGGUCCUCCGUGCCUCUGGCCAGGGGGUGUUCUGCUUGCCUCCCCCAUCUCUUCCCUCCGGUAGACUGUCCUGCUGGUCCCACUAGGAGUGGUUGGGGGGAGCAUCCCCAACAGAGGCCCCCCCACCAGCUAGAGGGCAGAGGGAGUGGGCCCCAAGGGCAGAGUAGGGGCUGGGUCUUUGGGAACCAGCCUCAGUGGGGGACCAGGUGUGGAACCAAAAAUAAGAACAAACUGAGAGAUUGGAUCUGCCCCUGUCCUGUCCAGAAGCCUGCAGGGGGACCCUAAUCUCCAUAUUUUUUUACUCCCACUCCCCAGAGGGGUCCCCUAGCCCCUGUUCCUGAAUUAUAUGAGAAUGUAUCAUGCCGGGAAGCCAGAGACCUGCGGGGCCUGCGGGCCCCUCCAUUGUGUACGUCUCUCCUUGAUUUGUGUUUGUGUCCAGUUUGGUUUUGUCUUUUUUAUUUGGCAAGUGGAGGAGGCCUUUAUGUGACCUUUAUGUUGUGGUUGGCCUCUUAACUGUCCUGGGGAAGAGGAGGCUGGCCCACACUGGGGUGCCCUGCUCGGACCUCCCUGGCUGGGCAGGGAGCUGUUUGGAGGGAGCCACAUGGCACAGUUAGCCCUCUAGUGGCUGACGGGUGUAUGACAGGGAAGCUGACCAGGGUAGGAGAUACCUGUCAGCCAAUAGGGUGUUGGAGAGUCUGAAGGGGGGUUAGGUCUCCUCUCCUUCCUCACCUUGAGAGUGAAGUGCUACCCCUCCAGCCCUGCAGCACACACGCGUACCAAUUCCUGGAUUCCAUAAGUCCUGCUGGUAUUGGACUGGAGCCUGGGAAAGUGGCCCCAUCCUCAGCGGAAGCUGGGUACGAAAUUUUGUCUGGUGGGGAAACAUGAAGUUUAAUUUUAAAUUUAGGUGAAGUUCAUUAGCAGACUCCCUUCUGACAUCCCUUCUCCCUCCUCAGCUGGUGCUUUCCUGCACCUACACCUGAGAACCCUGAGCACCAUGAGGUGGAAAGGAAAGUUGGCCUCUGCCUCUCCUGGGAAACGAAGGGUUCCAGCCCCUCCAGGCCCAGCAUCUGGCAAGAGGUGGUAGAGUUUCCAGUAUAGGGUGCUGGUGGAGGAGGAGCAAGGCAAAACCAGAUGAGAUCAGGAGACCGUGGGCCUAGUGCCUGGCUUGGUCUGAACAGGGCUCUGGAACCUUGUCACAGCCCUUCCCCUCCGUCACACGCCUGGGAAGCUGUUCCCCACUUAGGUGUCCAAGUUAGUUGCUACCAAAUCAGCCUUGAGAAGGAUCCCUUCCUCGUCUUUGGCAGUGGAGUUCGUACGUCAGGAGUGGUGUGGAGCUGGGAAUGGGCAGGGGAUCUUCCACGUUUAUGUGGGAGCCCUGGAGGAACUGGAAAUGGGGGGUGGUAAGAUGUGGGUGGGUUGGGCAGGGACUAGGGGGAAGGGGAAGUCUUGGCAGGGAAAUCCCUUUCGGCCAUGCAGUUUACAAACCCAACAUCAUGUCUGUGUUGUGUGUCUCUCAAGGUGAGAGUGAUUUUUAUACCAAAGAGGAAAUGAUUUUUUUUUCAUAUUUGGUUUGUCUAUAUUAUAUAAAUAUAUAUAUAUAUAUAUAUACAGUUAUAUACAUAUUAUUUUUUUGGUUCUCUCUCGUUUUUUAGGGAGGGAGGAAAGUACCAAGUUGCAUUGAGCUGUAAUUAAGGAACAUUCUGUAUAAUUUAUGACACAUUUCUAUACUUGCAAAAAUUAUAUCAUUUUAUGGAUAUAAUGAGAAAAAAUGCCUUUUUAUAAAAUUUCAAUUUCUGAGAAUUGUGAUUUGUCUGU